AUGAAAUCGGGGAAAUCCCCGUCGGAAUGGGCUCAAACCCUGAAAGGAUCGUUUGAGAAAGGACAAAAAGGACAAGAGCAUUUCUUCCGAUGGCUCGGCGCUGUCAUCGGUCGAUCUCCAUUUAUCAUUCUUUUUCUCUCUUUUCUAGUCACGGGUCUUUUAUCUUCGGGUUUAUUUUAUUUUGAAGAAACGUCAAACGUUCGCGAGGCUUAUUCUCCACAAGAUUCUCCAUCAAGAAAAGAAUAUGAGGUGUCCAGAGAAUUCUUGAAUCAGAAUGGUACUCUUGAUCCAUCGUACAUCAUGAUUGAAGCUCGAGAUCACGAUAAUUUACUCAAGCCCGAAUACAGAGAAAGAUUACAAGAGUUGGUCAAAUUUCUCCAGAAUAAUGUCUCGAUUGAAUAUCAUGGAGCCGAAUGGUUUUAUCGAGAUCUUUGUGAGCCGUAUUGUGAGCUGAACACGGCAUUGUUGGCUUUUCUCAGGCUUUACGAUCCGUCGAAUCCAUCCACGUACACCUAUCCAAAUAUCGAGAUUUUCGGGAGUCAAGCGUUUAUUGGCAAUAAUGUCUACAAUUUGAAAUUGAGCGAUUCGGGCUUGAUCGAGUCAUUCUCAACAGCUAUUCUCCCAUUCUAUCUCGUUUCGCAUCAUGAGGAUGAAAAAGUCAUCUACAAUUGGCUCAUUGAGGCGAGGAAAGCCUUUGAACAGCCACAAUUCGCUAUUUUUGAGUGUGGAAUCACUGGAGAUUUACUAAUCUCGGCUGAGGUUCGACGAAUGGGGCUCGAAACAGCUCCACUCAUCGUCGGAUCGGUGGCAGCAAUGAUCGCCUUCGUUGUCGCAAGCAGUUUCAGAAGAGAUCCAUCUCGAUCGAAGCCAUGGGAAUCAUUGUGCGGCUGUUUGAUCCCGUUGCUCUCUCUACUCGCCGCCGCUGGAAUCAUGUGCUUCUUUGAGAUGAAAUUCCAAUCGAUCAUGGUCGCCUCUCUAUUUCUCGUACUCUCUGUUGGGGUUGAUGAUGUCUUCAUUAUAUUACGAGCCUGGGAUCGCACGUCAACAGAUGAUCCAAUUCCUGAUCGUAUGGCGAUCACCCUGGAAGAGGCUGGCGCGAGUAUUACGAUCAGUUCAAUAACGAAUGUGAUGGCGUUUGUGAUCGGUAUGACUUCAUCAACUCCGGCGGUUAAAGCUUUCUCUUUGUUCAGUGCUGUCUCGAUCACUGUUUGUUAUUUCUACAUUCUCAUCAUGUUCUCUGCAGUUUUGGCCUGGUCGGGAAGGCGGGAGAAAUCGGGAAAGCAGGCUGUUCUUUGUUGCUUGAAGGCAAAUCGACAGGCUCGUUCACAACUUGUUGAAGAAAUGGUCGCUAUACAAGUUCGAGUAAUUCGGUGGUGGGCAAAAACGUGUCUCACUUGGACCUGCAGAAUAGUACUGUUGAUUUUGAUGGCUUUGUACUACUAUCUCUCGGCGGUGGGAAUUCAACGAGUGGAAACGUUGAUCUCACUCGAAAAGAUGACUCUACCCGAUUCAUAUGUACAGAACUUUCAAAAGCACUUUGAAGACGCAAUGCGAAGCAUGCAACCGAUUUCAGUUUUCGUGAAAAAUCCCGGUGAUCUUCGAGAUCCGAAAAGAUUGGAAACUGUCAAGAAAAUUGUUGACGAAUUCGAGACUACAGUAAACUCGUAUGGGCCAAAUUCGACGUUCUUUUGGAUUCGACAAUAUGAGGAUUUUUUGGAGUACUACGUCGACAGCGAUGAUGAGGAGGGAAAUGUGAAACCGAAGUUCACCUACACCGAGAUCCCCACUUUCUUCCAGUCAGCCACCUAUUUCUAUUUGGAAACUUUUGUCAAAUUCAACUCCACCGCUUGUGAUGAUGAUUUACCCGAUUGCAUCUCCGAGUUCUUCUUUAUGACCAAUUUUGCCGGGGUGAUCAAAUAUCACGAGUUGAUUCCGGCAGUGAAAGCGUGGAGAGCGAUCGCCGAGAAAUAUCCCGACUUUGGGGUUUUUCCUUUCUCCGAUCAUUCGCCAUUUGUCGAUCAGACAAUGGUUAUCGACUCAACAGUUUGGUCCUCGGUGGGCGCUUCUCUUUUGUGUACGGCACUUGCUUGUGUUCUCUUCAUUCCCUCAUUGUUCUGCGUCAUUUGCGCCUGUUGUUCGGUCCUCUCAAUCACUGUUGGAAUCGUCGGAAUUUUAACGCUAUGGGGAAUUCAGCUGGAUCCUUUGUCGAUGGCCGCUCUUUUGAUGGCUAUCGGUUUCUCGGUUGAUUACACAGCCCAUAUGUGCUAUCACUAUUACAAAGCAAAACCACUAAAUGCUGUGGACAAAGUCGAGGAAGCGCUAACAACAAUUGGAUGGCCACUAAUGCAGGUCGGAUUCUCGACUUUGGUUGCGCUGGCUCCACUUGUUUUCAAGCAAUCCUAUUUGGCGAUUGUUUUCCUGAAAACUAUCACCGUUGUCGUGGUUCUCGGAAUGUGGCAUGGAUUGGUUGUCUUACCCGUUAUCCUUGCAGCCCUGACCAAGAAAAAUGAUGCUCCAACCCCUUCAAGUAGUGAUUCGAGUGAACGCUCCUCCCAACGAUCUCAUGAACGAAAGGAGAGUAUCUAUAGAACCCAGGCCCUAAUAAAUCGAUUGCACAAAGAAUUCGGCAAAGGAGCAAAAGUUGGGGCGAUCAAUGAACCACCAGCGCUUUCACCGGAAAAAGCCUGUGAAAAACCAGCUUUUACUCAUAGGAUAGCUUUAGGAAGAACCAAAUCAUCGGAGAUCAUUGAUCAAGCAGUCGCUCAACAACCACUUCCAACCAUCAGCCGAAAUUUC